GAAAGGGAGAGGAAAAGUAAGAGAAGAGGAGGAGGAGGAGGAGGAGGAGGAGGAACUGGAGGAGCUGGAAGAGGAGGAAGGCCCGUGGACGUGCAACAAGUUAAGAAGCCGCCGUCGACGUCGCUGCAGCCGGCACCGUCGUCCUCGGCACGAUGUGACAUGGAUAUCCUAGCCGUAGCCUGCGCCCUCGUCGCGACGGCCCUCUACUGCAACACCCUGCAAGCGGGUUUCGUCUACGAUGAUCGAAGGGCUAUCUUGACGAAUCCAGACCUGCUAUCAAGCACGCCAUGGUAUCAGCUAUUGGAAAAUGAUUUUUGGGGAACACCUUUAAGGGAUAGUGGUUCUCAUGGCAGUUAUCGACCACUUUGCGUCGCAACGUUUCGCUUAAAUCAUCUCUUCGGUAAUCUCGAUCCAUGGGGUUAUCAUUUAGUGAACGUCGUAUUGCACGCAGCCUGCACAAUUCUCGUCGUCAGGGUCGCCAGGAAGGUUCUACCAGGGAGAAACAAUCUCGGUCACGCGAUCACUGGUUUCCUUUUCGCGGUUCAUCCUAUUCACAGUGAAGCCGUGGCCGGAAUAGUUGGUCGUGCCGACCUCCUAGCUUGUUUCCUGACCUUGACGGCCUUUCUGGCAUACUCCACGUACUGUGACCAAAGCAGAUCACCGUUCCUACUCUUACUGGCUUUGAUAUCGUCGACCCUGGCAACACUCGCCAAAGAGACUGGUAUAUCCUCGCUGGCCCUUUGCCUCUUGUGGGAACUCUGUCGUGGCGAGCCAAAUCGAAAGGUGAACUGUGGAUGGUGGACACGUGGUCGUAGUCUAGGCAUUCUAUCGGGUACCUUAGCCCUUUUGGUAGUGGGUCGUCUAAGGAUCGCUGGCUCGAGGCCCGAGUUUGCAAGCGCGGACAAUCCAACGGCAAGACAUCCGUCGCGUUUGACGCGGGGCUUGACGUUCCUUUACCUUCCUGCGGCCAGUGCUAGAAUGUUGCUGUGUCCGAGCACAUUGAGUUUCGAUUGGUCGAUGGACGCCGUACCACGGAUCACUAGUCUCCUAGACUCGAGGAAUCUCGAAUCGGCCUGUCUUUAUACGGUACUAGCAGGAGCAGCAUUUUGGGCAGCUAAAGGAUUAAGACGUGGUAUCAAAGAGAGUGGCUCUACUAGUAGCGUUCAAGUUCAGAUUUAUCAACGAAACGUCUCGACGAGGUGUCCAGUUUGUGCUGGAAGGCGAACGGGUGGCUGUCACACCGAUGGCUGUCGUGCAGCUAACAACAACAAUAACGGACCGAUCGGUGAUUGUCAUUGCGUGAAAAGAGCUAUGAACGUGUCCUGUGGACAAACUUAUGGAUUUUCUAAUAUCAACGCAAGCAAUCAGAAACGAAUUGCAGCUACGUCGAUCGCGAUAUCCUUAGGUUUUCUCGUGCUUCCCUUCCUCCCAGCCAGCAAUCUCUUCUUUUAUGUUGGAUUCGUCAUCGCGGAGAGAAUACUCUAUCUACCAAGCGUGGGUGCGUGUCUCAUCGUUGGUGCUGCUAUCUCGGCAUGCUACAGAAUCGCUAGAAGAUACGGAUCAAGGACACGUGGUAGAGCCGUUUUACUUGCUACAGCGAUCCUCAUUGGACUUAUGUCUGCUAAGACUCUUUUACGUAAUACCGAUUGGUACGACGAAGAAAGUCUUUACAAGUCUGCUCUUCACGUCAAUCCGCCUAAAGCUUACGGUAAUUUGGGAAGCGUUCUCAGUGCUCAGGGACGCGUGGCCGAAGCCGAGGAAGCAUUCACGCAGGCACUUCGAUAUCGACCGAAUAUGGCGGACGUACACUACAAUCUAGGAAUCCUUCAACAAGACAGAAAGAAUUACGAGGAAGCCAUAUUAAGCUACCAACGUGCGAUUCAUUUUCGACCUUCGCUGGCACAAGCUUACGUGAAUCUGGGAGCCGCCCUUCUCUCGGUAGGACGAGGCACCGAGGCAGCUGCGGUUUUACGUGCCGGUGCAUCCCUGGACGGUUCCGGUCUCAAGGACAAAAGGACUCACGAGGCAGCUAGGGUGCAAGCACUCCUUCAAUUAGGAGCGCUCUAUGCCGAUCAGGGUAGAUUACAGAGAGCCCUGUCUGCGUAUAGAGAAGCUCUACACGCCUUACCGGAUCACUAUCCACCUCAGAGCGUUUACAAUCUACUGGGAGAGACGUUGUCGAGGCUGCAACAGUAUGCCGAGGCUGAGAGAUGGUUCCAAGCGAGUUUGGCCAGCCAGCCUGACCAUGUGCCGGCCCACAUCACUUACGGAAAACUUCUGGCUCGAAACUCGAGUCGCAUCCUGGAAGCCGAGAGAUGGUUCCUGAGAGCCCGUAGGUUAGCGCCGGACGAUCCGAGCGUACACCAUCAUUACGGGAUAUUCCUGACGUCACAAGGAAGAUUAGCAGAAGCUGCGGAAGAACAGUUAAGAGCCGCUGAACUUUCGAGAUCGGACUAUGAGCUCUCGGUUGCAGCUGCAUCGGCUCUUCGUCAAGCGGAUCGUCGUGACGAAGCUGAGAUCUGGUAUAGGCACGCAGCGAAUUUGAGGCCGCACGAGGCACGAAGCCAUACGAAUCUUGGUGCGAUCCUUCACCUGAAUGGGAAAUACAAGCAGGCGGCCGCUGCUUAUAGGGAAGCUUUAAGGUUGCAACCAGGUGACGCCACGACCAUAACGAAUCUCCAUAAAUUGGCGGCUCUCUUGGCGUGACCGAACAACAAUAACUACCAUCUGAUUUAUUGGUCAAGCGACUAUCAUCAUCGUCAUAAUCACGAGGACAAAACUCCGUUAUGUCGUUGUUGUUGUUGUUGUACGAUAAAAAAAAAGACCCAUUCUAUUCAAAACCCAAAAAAAUCACUUACCGUCAACGUCGAUUCCCCGUGGACGCUACGACUUUACCAAAAAUCUAUCCCCGAUAUUCGUUUGUAUAUCCGUCGGUGUGCACGACGACGUCACGAAGCCGAAGAACUCGCUUCCACUUCGAUGACGUCGUCGCGACGCCGAGACUUGUAUCUCGCCUGCUAUGGUAUGUAAAGAAUAAAGCUUCAAUUAUUUUUCUCUAACAUAA